CCGACUAUCAUCGUAGUUGACUAUACAAACUAAAUUCUACAAAUGUCAUCAACAUCAUUACAAUAAUUUCACAACAACUGCCGAGCAGUGGGAAAAAUGGAACUAUUCAAUAAGAUGUCGUUAAGAAAUGUUUGCCAGCUGCAAAUGCAAUUUCCAAAGCUUAAUUCAAAUAUGUUGCUGCUAUUACGUCCUGUCUUCAAAAAUCCCAUUGGCCAGGUGCUGCUCUCAUUUCUAUUGGGCUAUUAUGCCACAACGAAAAUAGCCGGACUAAUUGCAUUUUGUUGCAAGCAGCCUGCAGCGAAGGACGCGACUGCAAGCAAGGACAAUGCAGCAGCAGCAGCGGAGAAUGUUGCAACUCAGCAGCAGCAGCAGCAGCAGCUGUUGCUGCUCACUGAACGGCAGCUGAGCAAAUUCAAUGGACUUGUGGCUAAUCAGCCGAUUUAUACGGCACUUAAUGGCAAUAUCUACGAUCUGAGCCCAUCGCGUGAUAUGUUUCUAAAGCCCGGACUUUAUUCGUUGCUUGCCGGCUGCAAUGCCAAUCAGAUGCUUAAUAUUGCCUAUGGCUCCAUGGAUGUUUCUCUCAGCGAUGUGCUGCAGCGUUGGGAGGCGCGUCUAAAUGCCGAAUUCAAUAUUAUUGGCAUUCUGAUUGACAGCGAUGCAUCCGAUAAUAGCGAUAAAAGUGAAAGCGAAUGCGAUUCAUCGCUUGUCAGCAAGGACAGUGAAAUUUCAAAUGAUUUUAUCGAUGACACAAAAACUGAUUUUGACGAGUAAUCAUAACAUUCAAUGAUUAAAUGUUUGUUGAUGUAACUCUAAAAUUUUUAAAAUA